AUGCCCACAAGACUCUACAUCAUCGCCAUUGGCGGUCCGACAUGUUCAGGUACGCACAAACCCAACCUAUGCACCCUUCCCUGCUCGCUUUCUGCAUCCUAACCCCUUCCGAUUCCCCUCGUUCUCAUAGGCAAAACAACCCUCGCCAAACACCUCGCCCAAAUCUUGCCCAAUUCGACCAGUCUCUUCCAAGAUGAUUUUGCCCCACCCGCUGAGAAGGUACCGAUACACCCCGUGCAUGGGGUGCAGGACUGGGAUGAUCCGGACGGGGCGUACGUCUCCUUCGGCGCGGAUUUAGAGAACUGGGGGAUGGGAAAGGUGCUGAUGAACUCGGGGUGGUUGAAACGUGCAGUAUCGAAUGGGAUCGACAAAGGGAAACGUUGCAAUACAUCCGGGCCCAUGACGGUGCUUUCCCCGAGGCGCAUUAUUCGCACGAUUCGUUCAACGUCCAAAUUCCCGUACCGAUAGACGAAGCAACGCGAGCAAGAUGGAUCGACAAGUUCGCUGCAUUACAGAAGGAAAUCGGGGGCGGGAAGGGGGAUGACGUGGUCAAGUACAUCAUCGCGGAUGGGUUCUUGAUGCUCGUGGAUGAGCAAUCGGUCAGGCAGUUUGAUGUGAGGAUUUUCGUGAGGGAGGGGUAUCAGACGCUCAAGAAGAGGAGGGAGGAGAGGAAUGGUUACGUGAGUCGUGGGGCAGGAUGGAAGGGUUGGAAUUGAGUACGUGGUUUGGGUAUAUGGGUGCUGAUGUUGCUAUCUCUUGGCUUUAAACAGCAUACUGCAGGUGAGCAUCGAAAACCCCCCUUUGGCCGCCUGCUUGCUCCCAGCCGGUCCGACGAUGAUGAUUCGCGUGUACUUGUCGUUGAUGCUUUGGGUUGCUGACGUUCAGUUGAAUCCGAACCAGAGGGAGCACUAUGGACAGUGAGUUUGCUUGAUCGCUGCUUGAUCGUUGGAGAAUCCCGAUUGCUAACGCCGAGCUACAUUCUCUUACGGUAGGAUCCACCAGGGUACUGGGUCCGUCUGAUCAAACCACAUCUUAUCCGGUACCUUGAGACUGAUGUGUACAAUUCCUGAAUGCACAGGAUCAAAUCGUAUGGCCCGCCUACGAGAAAGCGCACAAGAAACUCUUCACGAAUGGCGACAUCAACAAAGGGACCAUAGACCCUAAUAUCAUCUCGGGUGUGGAUCUCUUGGAAGCGAGUGAACUUUCGAUGACGCAGUUGGUGGACCAGAGUUGUGAGGCGAUAUAUGGGAUGGUCAAAGAGGGGAGAACGGCGAAGGAUUGGGAGAGGCCUUAG